AUGUGGAACUGUUUAUAUAAAACUUGCCCGUGUCUACCGCGUCGAGGAGACACACAACCUCCUUUCAAUCAUUUUUCAUAUGAUGACGACGACGAUAACUUUGAAUUUGGAAGUUUGCUGGCAGACCAAGAUCGCGAGUCCAUAUCGGCAUUUUUGACACGUUCGCCAUUUCAAAGAGCGCCAAACACGAAUGGUUAUUUGCGGGUGAACACAAUGAGUCCAGACGAUGAUAUUAGUGGAGCUGCUUCUGAUCGUGGUAGCGUUUUGCUGGACGACGAAGCUACCAUACAAACGCAAGAUGCACAAUAUCUUCCCGACGAACAAAUUAGUAAAUUGACCGAACUUAUUAGUGAACAGGUCAUAGAUGCCCAACUUGCUGCUGAAGAAGAUCAAGCGAGACGUCAAGAAGAAGAAGAGAUUAAAAGAAACCGACAAGCUGGUAUGCAAGCAGCAAUGGCCCAAGGACUUAUUCCACCUAACGGAGAAAAUGGACAUAAUAAGGACACAUAUUUCACUAUUGCCGAUGAUGACGACGAAGUUGAAACAAAUGAAUUUGGAAAUCCGUCGGGAACAACAUUUCAAGGAAAAAAAUAUAAUGAUUAUUCCACAACAUCCCUCGAAUUAUCAUCAACCAAUAUCUCUAAUUCUUCCACAAAUCAAAAUGGUAGUAUCACUACAAUUACAACAAAUACUUCUACAACGCCAACAUCUCUAAAAUCUGAAGAAAUAUCUAUUUUAAAUAAACCUCGUAAUCCACACCAACGUUUAUUUUCUUCGGAAAUAGUCACGGAAGAUUAUGAAGAUGUAGAUGAAAACAUUAGUUCAUCAACCGCCGACCUUGCCGGAAACUCCUCUGGGUCCUCCGCUGUCCGUUACCCUUCAAAACGAAGCAUGAUACGUCAUCACCAACAAAAGAUGGAAGACUAUUCACCAUUUUCAACAAGUAUACUAAACCCUGACGAAUAUGAGAGCGAGAAUGAGGAUAAUAAUAUCGAUAGUGGUAGUAAUAACGAUAGUCCAAUUCUGGGAGAUGACGAAAUUGAUCAUCCUUUAUUACAUAUUAUACCCGAUUUGUCUGAUACGGUGGGUUCUUUUCUCUCGGGCUUCACAAAAUUAAGAGGUUUCAACAACAGCUCCUAUAAUAAUAAUGAGUCAGAUCAAGAGGAAGGAGGAAAUAGUCUUGAAGACUUGAGUAGAAAAUAG